ACAGAGUUAUAAAAUCCCUGUCACUGGGCACGCCCUUGCAGAUCUGAACUGUCGCUGCUGUCAGUAGUUCUAGCUUUUACAGGAGCAUAAUUGCAUCAUGGGUGGAUCAGAGUCAACUACAACUCCAUCACCUCCAAUCAGUCCAGAGAGUUUAUCUUUAGAUGAUCCAUGGAGGCCAGUGAAAUGGAGUGAAAGAGAAACGAUGUUACAGACCCUGAGGGAGUUUCCGUCAAGCCGGAGUGUUGAACAUCUCAGGAUUCUGUGUGUUGGACCAGCAGGUUCUGGGAAGUCCGCCUUUAUCACCUCAGUUAAUAAUGUAUUUCAAGGUCACAGUACUUACCUCGCUCAUUCACUCAGUGCUGGCCUAAGUAACACCUGUAAGUACACUGUCUACAAGCUGAAGAAAGACACAAAUGGAUCCAUCUUUCCAUUUGUAUUUGGUGAUACCAUGGGUCUCGAAGAAGGUUCAAAAGGUGUACACACAAACAACAUCAUCAACAUUCUGAACGGACAGAUCCAAGAGGGAUACACAUUUAAUCCUCAGGAGGAUCUGACUGCUGAAAGCAGUCACUAUAACACAACCCCAAGUCUAAAUGACAAAGUUCACUGUCUGGUGUUUGUCCUACCAGCAGACAGCACUGAUCAAAUAUCUCAAGGCGUUAGCGAUAAAAUGAAACUAAUUCGGAAUGGAGCACAUGAAUUAGAUAUUCCUGUAGUGGCCAUCAUGACCAAGGUGGAUGUUGCAUGUCCACUUGUCAAAGAGAACCUGACAAUGAUCUACAAGAGCAAGAAAAUCAAAAUGAAUAUGGAGCAGUGCAGCGUCAAACUGGGUAUUCCACUGAAGUACAUCUUCCCUGUAAAGAACUAUCAUGAGGAAAUCGACAACAACAAUGAGAUUGAUGUUCUGAUUCUCAUGGCUUUGACAAGUAUUGUGAAUUUUGCCAGUGACUUUGUGAAAAGAAAACUGUAAAGUUUGGUGUGCACUCAAGGUGUAUGACUGUGUGUUUUGUUUUAGUCCUAUUCCCAUCUGCUUGUAUAUUCAGUAUUUUUUAGUCCAAUUUCAGUCCUAAUGCACUCCUCUAAUGUACAAGAUAACAAGAAAAUUCUGAUUGAUCAUGAGAUUUUUUUUUUCAGCUCUACUUUAUUACGUAUGUCAAAUAAGAUCGUUAGCCCGUGGGUGGUGACAAUCCUAAAAACACAAACAUAAAAAUCCCGAGAAAGUAAUGUGCGUGUAUAUAAAUAAUUGCCAUAUUAAUCAUUUAAUCCGAAUACUCUGUACUGGCAGCAUGUUUUAAUCGGUAGUGUAUGAAGAUCAUUUAUGUUAGAAAACCUAGCUUGAUGUUUAUGCUGUUGUGCUGUUUUCCGAGGAUAACUUGGCUUCCUAAAUGUAACUCCUGGAGCUCUGCUUAGAUAAAAUGAUGCACAAAUACAAUAAUCCAUAGCUUAUAUAUGACUUCUUCAGAGGAAAUCAGAUAGUAGUAAGGAAUAUGUAUACGGUAGGGAUACAUUUAUAAAUGUAAAAUUGAUUUCUUUUUUAUAUAUUUCUGUAUAGCUGAUGUGAAGGUGUCCACUGUUACAAGUGAUAUACAAAUAAAACUGAAUCACCUUCAACUGGUCCAUACUA